AUGGAGCCCCCCAACACCGUCGCCGCCGCCGCCGCCCCCGCCGCCCCCACGGACAGCGCCCAGCGGCCCGACACCCCGGGCUGGCGCGGCUGCCUGCGAGGCCUGCGUGGCGCGCUGCCGCCCGACGUGCGACAGGAGGCGGCCGCGCUGGUGGCGCUCGCCGGCCCCGUGUUCCUGGCGCAGCUGAUGAUCUUCCUCAUCAGCGUCGUCAGUUCCAUCUUCUGCGGGCAUCUGGGCAAAGUGGAGCUGGACGCCGUUAUGCUCGCAGUGUCGGUUGUGAACAUUACUGGGAUUUCCGUGGGGACUGGCUUGGCCUCGGCUUGUGACACCCUCAUGGCUCAGUCCUUUGGAGGCAAGAACCUAAAACGCGUGGGGAUCAUCCUUCAAAGAGGAAUCCUCAUCCUGAUGCUCUGUUGCUUUCCUUGCUGGGCCGUCUUCAUCAAUACGGAGCGCAUCCUCCUGCUCUUGAAACAAGACCCCGAAGUCUCCAGGAUAGCCCAGAUUUAUGUGAUGAUUUUUAUUCCUGCUCUUCCUGCAGCAUUCUUGUUCCAGCUGCAGACGAGGUACUUACAAAGUCAGGGCAUCAUCAUGCCGCAGGUGAUCACUGGGAUUGGAGCGAACGUGAUCAAUGUGGGCAUGAAUGCCCUCCUGCUCUAUGCCCUGGACCUCGGCGUGGUAGGAUCUGCCUGGGCAAACACCACUUCCCAGUUCCUCCUGUCCGCUCUUCUUUUCCUGUAUGUGUGGUGGAAAAAAAUCCACGUUGACACUUGGGGAGGUUGGACUUGGGACUGUUUGCAGGAAUGGGGCUCCUACAUCCAGCUGGCUAUUCCCAGUAUGUUCAUGGUGUGCAUUGAGUGGUGGACCUUUGAGAUCGGAACUUUCCUUGCAGGACUGAUUAGUGUGACAGAGCUUGGGGCCCAGGCCAUCAUUUACGAACUGGCCUCUGCAGCCUACAUGCUGCCCCUUGGCUUUGGUGUGGCGGCCAGUGUCCGCGUGGGCAACGCUCUAGGUGCAGGGAAUGCUGAGCAGGCUCGGUACUCCAGCAUCACCGUUCUCCUGUGUGCGGGUGUUUGUGCGCUCAUAGUGGGCGUUUUAAUUGCAGCUUUGAAAGAUGUGGUUGCCUACAUAUUUACCAGUGACAGAGAUAUCAUUUACCUUGUGAGCCAAGUGAUGCCUAUUUUUGCUCCCUUUCAUCUAUUCGAUGCACUUGCGGGCACCUGCGGGGGAGUCCUUCGAGGUACAGGAAAACAAAAGAUUGGUGCUAUCUUGAAUGCCAUUGGUUAUUAUGUUUUUGGUUUUCCCAUUGGAAUAUCUCUGAUGUUUGCUGCUAAACUUGGGAUAAUAGGUCUCUGGUCUGGAUUGAUCAUCUGUGUUUUCUUUCAAGCCCUUUUCUAUUUGGUGCUCAUCUGGAGGACAAACUGGAAGAGAGUUGCGGAGCAGGCACAGGUCCGAGCUGGGCUGAAGGGGAUCAAAGAGACCACACCAUCACCAGCAGAUCAACCUGUCUUGGAGAAAGAAGUAACCGGUGGAGUGGUUUUGCCUGAUACCAUCACACCCGAGAGCCAGACCCUCCAACUAAUGGUACUAGAAGAAAGCAACCAGUAUGCCGUGUCCACCAUUGGGGAUGUUUUGACAGUGAGCCAGUUGAUUUUCUAUCGUGGAAUAGCUCUAGCUGUUGCUGUUGCUAUUCUUUUAGCAGGCAUUUUAAUCAGGGUUUUUCAAUGAUCGUGGCUCAAAUAGAAGGAUUGUCACCAGCCCACAAACUAGACAGGAUCAUUAUUACUGAUCUGUGAAGUGUGGGAGGUGACCUUGUCACACGGAGAGCGGUCUCGCUCCCCGCUGUGAGUGGAAAAGAUAUCAGUGAUGUCUUGUUAGUUAUCCCGAGAAUCUGCACUAUCCUCAUGGAGAUCAAGAAAGGAGGUAGACUUCUUAGUUUCUCCCAGACGUUAACUCUAUCAUGGCUUGUAAAUCUGUAAAUUUCAUUUUCCCUGCUGGAAGUGUUCCGCACUCUUCUGUUGAGUAUCUUCCCUCUUGCAGGAAAGUUUGCUGCCCUUUAAAACUGAUGGCUGAUUCAGCUUUGUUUGUAUUUCUCUGUUAAUGUAUAGACUCUUAUUAGUAGGUGUGUAUUAAGUGCCUGUUGAAGUCCUAUCUCAGGUAUUGCCAUAUAAGGUUCUGUAAAAUAAACACCUUAAAAUUGAAAAUGCGUGCUAAUAAUAUUUGAGGCUGUAAAAUCUAUUGAAAUGUUAACUUUUAGUUUGGGGCCUUUGAACACAUUUUUGUGGCAACUUGCAUAUUAAAAAUCCAAUCUGUGGGCGCCUGGGUGGCUCAGAUGGUUAAGCGUCUGCCUUCGGCUCAGGUCAUG